AAUAAGAAAACGUCAAUUUCACACAUUGUUUAGAGAGAUCAGUACAGCUGCAUUAGCUCUAGAUCCACAAUGUGGGAUUUCCCGCAAUUUUCUAUAAACGGUGAAAGGAAAGUUGAGCACUGCCCCUUUAAAUAUUGUUCUUGCUGCUGUAAAAUGGUAUGUCCCUCUGUUUAAGAGUGAGCUGUCAGUCAGAACAGGGAGUGGUGGGGCUGGUGGGAUGACAGCUGCUGAAUACCUGAGAUAUUUCUUACCAGCAAGCAGGCUGAGGCAGAGAGAGGUAGAAAGAGUGAAAGGAUAAGGACACACAGGACAGACUGCUUCUGUCAGACCACUGUGUCAUUUACAGUAAUUCAGAAGAAUAGAGGAAAGAGGAAAAGAAAAACCAGAGAACAGAGAAAUUUUAAAAGGAGAAGCCACGUGGAAAUUCCAGCAAUCUCCUUUCACAGGCACAAGCUUCGGUGUCUCUGACCAAAGAAUAAACAAAUGGUUGAGUCUACACUGUCAUCACUGGUUACUGGGUGGAGUACUGUUAUUAAAUCUCUUGGAGGCACAAAAAGAAAGUGGAAGAGUGAAGGCAUGGCUAUAGAGAGAGAGACAGAGAGAGAGGGAUAAAUAUAACACGAAAACUUCAGAGAGCGACAGGGAGAGAGACUGGAAAGAGAUAUUUAAAGACCAGACAGAAGAAAGAGGCAGAGACAAAGAAGCAGAAUCAGGAGGAGAGCUCUGAUUUGCCAUGUUAGAGAAGAGGAUGUUCUUCUUCUUCUUCUUCUUCUUCUCUCUGCAGUAGCUGGUGCUACCAGAGAUGAAUGAAGCAGCUCUGCUCCCAGUGAUCCAGGCAGGAGACGGGAGGACACUGUCCAGAGCAGAGUUCCUCUCACUGCUGAAUACCUACAACUGCUUCCUGAAGGACCAGACCCAGCUGCACCUCAGUUACUCUCAGGGGGCUGAUAGAGAGGUGGUAGUGGAAGGCUUCCUGAAUAUCUCGUGGGGAGUACGCAGACCAAUCAGGCUGAAAAUACAGGACGACAAACAGAUACUUCCCUUUGCUCCUCUGAUCUCACCUGAUCCCACCAGUCCAGUCAGCCCACUCGGAAACAAGAGGGGUAUGACAAGAUGGGGAGAAUGCGUUGACCUUCACCAGAUAGAUGAGAUGUCUGAGACAGUACAGCAAACAGCAGUCACCAAUCCUUUACCAGGUCCUGUUGUUUAUGAGACCACCACACUGCGUCCCAUGAGGCAGAAGAACCCAGAGCUGGAGGCGGAGUCCAACCUGUUUCGCUGUAUGAGUGACGCCUCAUUGGUCAAGAGGAGGCGGGGUAAGGGAAAGUCAGCAGCACAAAGAGAGAAAGAAAGACAACAUCGCUUUUCCAUCAAUGGACACUUCUAUAACUAUAAGACCUCUAUCUUCACUCCAUCCUUCGGUACUUCAACUAAAGUUCGUAUCUCCAGCAGGAUGACCACAAACCAGGUCAUUGAACAGCUGCUAAACAAGUUCAAGAUAGAGAACGACCCCCAGGAGUUUGCUCUGUACUGUGUCCACCAGAGUGGAGAAAAGAGGAAGCUCAGUAACAGAGACCAGCCGCUCUGGGAGCGCAUACUGCAAGGGCCCUCUGAUGACAUUAUGAAGAUAUUUCUGAUGGACAUGGACGAAGAGGAAGUCAGCAAUGAUGUAGCACAGUACCUGAACUUGGAGCUUCCACUUUUGGAGCAGGUUCUACUGAAGCUCAGAGAGGAGGAGAACAGAGAGAUACAGAGGGUCAUUAGCAAGUACCACCAGCAGCAUAGACUCCUGUCCCGUAUGCUGAGCUGUAAGAUGUCGCCUCAUAUUGAGACCAGUGUCUGACCACUGCUGAUCUGAAUUACUGACACAGGACCUGUCAUUCAUCAUAGCACCACUCUUUUAAGGAUAAAAGAGUAGCCAUGGAGAGAUCUGGAGAAGUCUGCACAUUUUGUUUUUACAUCUUUUAUCUUCAUAAACAAGAUUAAAGGUGGCAAAGUCUGGAUGUGAAACACAUAGGCGAAUAUUUUGGAAAAGACCACAUGACACACUAUCAUCACAGAAAAACUGAAUACAUGGUAAAUAGUUUUCAUUCAUCAUAUGAUUUUAAAAACUGUAAAAUAAGUACAAGAUAGAACUGUAAGAAGCUUUUGUAUAUAAGUGUAAAUAAGUUUUGCGUGUACAUGAAUGAGUAAAAGUUGUGGGACCAGCGUGACUACUUCUGUUUUCUGCUUUUUAUUUGUGGAAGCUGGAGUGUGGCAAUGAAAAUUUUCCGGGGUUAGCUCUAGUCAGUUAAUUAAUCUACUAUAACCUAAACAAAUGUAUGAUUUGAUGAAUAAAAACCAACUAUUAAUGAUGACUCAAUCAAAAGGUGUAAACAAAACACCCAAAAUAGGUACUUUUCCAUUUAGGGCACCAGGAAUUGAAAUGAGUUUCUUUUUUAUACACAAAUCAAUAAGAUAAAUAAAGACUGGGAAUUUUAAAGCAUAUGUU